AUGCCUGUCGACAAAAUCCAAGUAUCGGGUGACUCCCGCAUUGAGUACAAAACCGCCACACUCAAUGGCCAUCAUUACUCCUAUCUUCUUAGCCAACCUAAAUCAGGCCAAUAUAAAGCCACCAUCUUCCUAAUCCAUGGCUUCCCCGACAUCUCAAUGGGAUGGCGAUAUCAAAUCCCCAUGCUCGUCAGCAUGGACCUUCGCGUCGUAGUUCCAGACAAUCUCGGAUACGGACGAACAGACGCCCCUGAGGACUUCACCCCAUACUCCCACAAAAGCUGCGCAGCAGAUAUCAAGGCCCUAGCUACACACCUAGGCGAAUCGCAAAUUAUUCUCGGCGGACACGACUGGGGCGCCGCUCUCGCCUACCGCGUCGCUCUUUGGCACCCGGAGCUAGUGAGCCACCUGUUCACCGUUUGCGUGCCGUAUGCGCGCCCGAUGGCAGAGAAUGUUUCUCUAGAAGACCUUGUCCGCAAUGCGGCGCCAAAUUUCGCAUACCAGCUUCAGUUCAAGAGUGGGGAGUUGGAGAAGGUUAUUCGGUCUAAGGGUGAUAUUCGCCAAUUCCUGGUUGCGCUUUAUGGGGGCCGCACUGAGGCCGGUGAGGUUGGCUUUGAUGCGCACAAGGGCGUUCUGCUUGAUAAGAUUGGCGGACUUCGGCCUUCGAAGUUGCUGAGUGAGGAGGAGUGGGGUUCAUGGACCACGUAUGGCAUUUCCAAGGCUUUGAGCGUCAGUGCUAACUUUGUCGCAGUCAACUGGUAUCGCACUCGCGAGGUCAACUCCAAGGAGGAGCUUGCUAUUCUUGAUAGACAGAUUCAGGUUCCUACGUUGUUUAUCCAGGCGUUGAGAGAUCAGGCCCUGCCGCCGCAUCUCGGCAAGUCCAUGGCGAAGCAUAUCCCGCGCCUUACGACGAAGCAGGUCAAUACCUCGCACUGGGCUUUGUGGGAGAAGCCCGCGGAAGUCAAUGAGAUCAUCUCGGGAUGGUUGAAGGAGGUGGUCUUUGCCGAUAGGGCUGGGAAGCUAUAA